AUGGCAACGUCAGCGGUGGGGUUCAAGCCGCGCGAGGACCACAAGAAGGCCAAAGAGCUCGAAGAGGCGCGCAAGGCGGGGCUGGUGCCGGCGGAGGUGGAUGAGGACGGCAAGGAGAUCAACCCGCACAUCCCGCAGUACAUGUCGUCCGCGCCGUGGUACCUCAACGCCGACCGACCCAGUUUGAAGCACCAGCGCAACUGGAAGGCGGAGGGUGGGCAGCAGAACAAGAACUGGUACGACCGUGGAGCCAAGGUGUUUCAAGCCACCAAGUACCGCAAAGGCGCUUGCACCAAUGGCGCCAUGACGCACCACCACAAGUCGUGCACCCAACGGCCGCGGAAGCUGGGCGCGAAAUACACGUCGCAGGGCAUCGCGGCGGACGAGAAGGUGGAGUCGUUCGAGCUGGACUUCGACGGCAAGCGGGCUGGCUGGCCAGCAGAAAGGGCUCGACCCUUUUGCGGCGCCAUGACGCACGACCACAAGUCGUGCACGGAGCGGCCGCGGAAGCUGGGCGCCAAGUUCACGUCGCAGUGGAUCGCGGCGGACGAGAAGGUGGAGUCGUUCGACCUCGACUUCGACGGCAAGCGCGACCGCUGGAACGGCUUCGACCCCUCCACGCUGAGCAGCGAGGGGGGAGCGGCGGGGGGAGCAGGGGAAGCGGGGGAUGGGGGGGAGGGGGGAGAGGGAGAAGGGAAGGGAGGGGGGGAGGAGGAGAGGGAUGAGGCGAGGGUGGACGAGAGCGAGCAGCGGGAUUUCGCCAAGGUGGAGAAGCGCGUGAGGACGACGGGAGGCGGCAGCUCCGGGACGGUUCGCAACCUGCGGAUCCGCGAAGAUACGGCGAAAUACCUCCUUAAUCUGGAUGUCAACUCCGCGUACUACGACCCUAAGACGCGGUCGAUGCGCGAGGACCCGAAUCCUGGAUGCGACGCGGACGAGAAGUUUUAUAAAGGGGAUAAUUUCAAUCGGAUUAGCGGGCAGGCGGUGGAGUUUCGCCAGCUCGCGCUGCACGCGGCUCGCGCGAAUGAAGCGGCGCGCGACGCGCGCGGGGAGGUGCACGUGCAAGGCGCGCCGAGCCAGGCGGAGCUGCUGCACCGCGAAUUCAAAGUGCGCAAGGAGCGGCUGCUGGCUGCGAAGCGCGAGGCGGUGCGGGAGAAAUACGGCAACGCGGCGGCGGAUCCCGAGGCGAACGGCGUGACUGGCGCGCUGCUGCUGGGGCAGACGGAGACGGCCGUGGAGUACGACCGGAGCGGACGCGCGGUGAAGGGACAGGAGAAGCUGGUGGUGGCGCGAAGCAGGUACGCGCAAAGAGGUAGGUACGAGGAGGAUGUGUAUGUCAACAACCACACGUCUGUGUGGGGAUCCUACUGGAAGGAUGGGCAGUGGGGCUACUCCUGCUGCCAUCAGAUGUUGCGCCUGAGCUAUUGCACAGGCUCGGCAGGCAUCCAAGCCGCAGAGGCAGCUGCGGAAGCCUCCACAGCUGCUGGUUUGGCAGGCGCUCUAGGUGAUGAUAGGAGGGGGUUCGAGGGUGGGAAAGAAGGUGGUGAGGGUGGGGGUGAUGGAAGCAGUGGAAAAGCAGCAGCUGCAGGGGGCGGGGUGGUGUUGCCAUGGGGAAGUGCGGGAGGGGAGGACGUGGAUCCAUCAACACUGGACCCGGAGAAGCUUAAGCAGGCAGCUAAGAAGAUGGAGUUGCGUGCAAUGGAGGAGAAGGACGAGAGGAAGAGAAAGUACAAUGUGCGGCAUGAUGACGAGGUCACGGCUGAGGAUAUGGAGGUAUAUCGGCUUAAGAGAGUUCACUAUGAUGAUCCCAUGAAAGAUUAUGCUGACAAGGAAUAA